AUGAAGAAUCUCUUCCUCCUCGCUCUUCCUCUGCUGGCUUCUGCUGCCGCCGUCCCCGCUGAACUGGAGACCCGAGCCGACUGCAAGCUUACCGCUCACUACCGCCAAGAUUGGAUUGAGAACGCUUUGAAGCGUUUCCAAGUCAAGUUCUCUGUGGAGGGUGGUGGUAUCCCACCUGAGAGCUUUUGCGAUGCCAUGAGGGCGGGACAUUGCUGGAGUGCCGUUUCGAACGUCCAGUGUGGCUUUGAUCCCAACCUGGAUGGUGGAAGCUGGCGCGUUGAUGUCAGCUUUGUGAAUACCAACGCGGGCUAUGACGCCUACAAGAACUGCUUCCAGGAGUCUGCCAACGAAUGGCGCCGCGUGCACAAUACGUGCGAUGUUGACUCUCGCUGGUAG